AUGUCGUCGCUGGAACGUCUCCCCACUGAACUGCUGGAUCUGAUCAUCUCCUACUUGGAUAUAGAGCCUCCAUCAUACACCCAACUGCAUCCUGAACCAGAUCCAAACAUUACAGUUGUCGAACAUACAUCUCUAAAGCAUUUGUACCAGUCAUGCUCCUGCCUCGCCACCUUAGUGCGGCCCUAUCUCUUCGCUCAUGCUCGCGUGGUACUUGACUAUGAGCCCUCGGAAUUCUACUCAUUCGUACGAGAAUGGAACUUGGCUCGAUAUAUAAAAUCCAUCACCGUGCUCGUGUCGGAUAAAGAUCUUCCACGACAAGUCACCGGCAUCUGGUUAAAUAAGAUUUUCGAGUGCAUCGAUCCUCUACGGAUUACCAUCCUCGCGCCGCCAAGGAUCAUUGGGGAGGCAUUGCAGACCCCGAUAGACGAGCAACAUGGCUGGGCAUUUGAUAUCGACCAGCAGAUCUUGCAACUCGAAAAGAGCAGCUACGGCAACGUAUCCGGCUAUCAACCCCCUCCAUCUGAAAACGUACUCUGUGCUCGCCCAUGGACAUCCUUAUCCUUCAACGAGGGGUCCUCUCUGAAAGCCUACAAUCAUUACGAGUACUUUUCCUCACACGUCCCUUCAUUCCUGAGCCAAUGGGGGCAUGAAGAUCCCCCGAUGCAGCUCCCGGCCGAGAUGCACGACUCCUUCGGUGGAAUAGAAUCCUUGAGCUACACGGCAAUCUUUCCAUUCUACAACCACGUGGAAAACGUGAACAUUGUAAUGAGAUUGAUGCCGCGUCUCCGCGUCGUGACUGUCCAAUUAGCCCCAGACGAGAAUAAUCAUGCCACUGAGCUGGAACAGCGCGGCUCGAUGGAUCCCAAUGAUCCAUGGAUGGAAUUGGAAUCGGCUUAUUCGAUUCUUGGGUUCAAUAUCCAGGCUAAGAGUUCCGUGGAGGAAUUUCGCAGCCGGGACUUUCAUGUAGAAGCAGUACGACCGGACCUAGAAAGUGCUUUGAGGGAGCAAUUGGCAGGCUGGACUCAUGAUGAUCGGGGGAAUUGGAGAAGGCCGCCGUCUGGGGAGACCUCUUCGAUCUUAAAUUAG